AUGGCCGUUUAUGAGAUUCUUCAUUCCAUGAAAAAUAAAAAUUUUGAUAAAAAAGGGUCGUUUGCUCUUAAGUUGGAUAUAAGUAAGGCAUAUGACCGUGUUGAAUGGCGGUUCAUUAAGGAGAUGUUAUUGAAAAUGGGUUUUUCGAUCAAUUGGAUGGAAUGGAUUAUGCGGUUCAUCACGCCAGUUACUUACUCGGUUGUGGUUAAUAAUAGGGUGGGGGAUAAGUUUACGCCAUCUCAGAGUCUUAGGAAGGAAGAUCCUUUGAGUCUGUAUCCUUUCUUAGUUUGUGGUGAGAGUCUUUCAGCUUUGCUUAGGUUAGCAAAAAGUAGUGGUACGAUAAAGGGAACAAGGGUGGUAAAAGGGACCUCAAGGGUUACUCAUUUAUUGUUCACGGAUGACAGCCUUAUUUCUGGGAAUGUCACGGCAAUAGGAGCAUCGAAUGUCUUGAAAGUGCUUCAAUCAUAUGCCAAGUGUUCAUGUCAGUUGGUCAAUUUUGAAAAAUCUAGAGUUUUCUUUUGUUCUAAUGUUGCCAUGGGGAAUAGGUUAGAUGUAGAGAGAAUUUUGGGGGUUCAUCAUGUUGAUAAUUGGGAGAAAUACUUAGGUUUACCAUGUAUGGUUGGUCAGAAGAAGAAGUGGGCCUUUGUUAGCUUAAGGGAUAAGAUUCAAAGUCGGAUAUCUUUUUAG